AUGAACGGCGGCGGCGGCGGCAUGCAGAACGAGAUGACGUCGAAAGCUAAGCCUAGCGUUCCGAACGUGUUCAUGAGCCGACUGGGCCACAUGGAAGAUGUUUCGCCGGACCACGCAGAAGCCUGGCCUACGUACCUCGAGCGCCUACAGUUCUAUUUCACGGCGAACGGCGUGGUCGAGGAGAAACAUCAGCGGGUCGUGAAGCAGCUUUUGCGGUCCAGCUACCUCAACGGAGCUCCAGUUUCCAAAAGUUCCAGCGGAGAAAGCCAGCCAGCUGUACUAAACCAGAGCAAGGUGGUGACGAGUGUGGAAACUCCGCUGGGGGACUAUUCAGAUGUGUUCAAACCUGGGCUCGGCAAGAGCACGGGUCUUCCGGUGCGGAUUGAAGUAGAGGAGCAAGCCACGCCCAAGUUCCACAAGUCGCGGCAAGUACCUUUCGCACUUCUGCCGAAGGUGGAUGAAGCCAUCGAGAAGUUGGUGGAGCAGGGGAUUUACGUUCCGAUUAAGCGUUCUCGAUGGGCGACGCCUAUCGUUCCGAUUUUAGAAGAACGGGAAGAUAAGAAUUUGCGAAGACUACAAGGGAACACUCAACCUAGUUGCCAAGUGGAAGACUUGCCCACUGCCCACUCCAGAGCAACUGCUCGUAAGACUGGGAGGUUGUUCAGUGGGAGGUUGUUCAGCGUAACAACUCACAAGGGCCUGUUCAAAGUGACGCGAUUGCAGUUUGGAGUGGCAGUGGCCGUAGCCAUCUUUCAACGUUAUAUGGAAGGACUACUGAACGGACUUGAAGGGGUUCAGUGUUUUCUGGAUUACAUCCUCAUUGGUGGAAGAACAGCCGCUGAUCACGACGAACGGCUGCGGAAAGUGCUGCAGCGUAACCAAGACGAUGGGCUUCGUCUGAAUGCCGACAAGUGUGCAUUCAGGGACAAUGAAGUGACCUACCUGGGGUACCGUAUCAACAAGGGCUGA